UUUCGUUAGGCUUAGGUGAACAUAUCUUACUUGAAAAGUAAGAUCAUAUUUAAAAGGGCACAUGAUCUAGCAAUAGAACGAGACCCCAUUCUGUCUUUCUUCUAAUGAAAGCAGAACUAGAGAGAAAAAUGCCUCAAGAAGAGGAUGAAUCCUUGAUAAUCUACCUCAAGAAAGAACUCGAAGCUUCUCUGAUAAGGAAUGAUUCAGUGGAGAAGGAAAAUCAGGAAUUAAGACAAGAAGUAGUUCGUCUAAAAGCACAGAUAAGUUCCCUCAAAGCACAUGAUAACGAGAGGAAAUCUAUGCUUUGGAAGAAGUUACAGAACGCCAAUGAUAGCAGCAAGAAUGAUGAAUAUCAACAGAAACCAUCAGAGUUUGUCAAAGCAUCAGAAAAGAGUGCAGAACUUCCUAGCCCAACGCCGAAAAUUCAAGAAUCAGUACCCAGAAAGGAAAGGCAAUUACCAAAUCCACCACCAAAGCUGAUUUCUCCUGUCUCCUCUCCAUUAUCUGGAGUAAAUAAAAUGCCACCACCAACAUUUGCACCACCACCUCCACCGCCACCAUCAAAGAUGUCUACUGGAUCAAGAUCAGUGCGACGUGUACCAGAAGUUGUGGAGUUUUAUCGUUCGCUUACAAGGAAAAAUGCCCACAUGGAAAACAAAAGCAAUUCUACAGCUACUCCAGGAACUGCAUUUACAUUGAACAUGAUUGGAGAAAUUGAGAACCGCUCCACUCAUCUUUCCGCUAUAAAAUCAGACGUUGAAAAACGCAAGGAAUUCAUUAAUUUAUUAAUCAAAGAAGUGGAGUCUGCAGCUUUUAAAGAUAUAUCUGAUGUGGAGUCAUUUGUGAAAUGGCUAGAUCAUGAACUUUCUUCCCUAGUUGAUGAAAGAGCUGUAUUGAAGCAUUUCACCCAAUGGCCAGAACGUAAAUCAGACGCUCUAAGAGAAGCUGCUUUCAACUACCGAGACCUGAAAAACCUUGAUUCAGAAAUUUCAUCAUUUGAAGACAAUCCAAAAGAACCUUUGGUGAAGGCUGUAGGAAAGAUGCAAGCACUGCAAGACAGGUUGGAGAGAAGCAUUAGCAACACCGAAAGGACAAGGGAAGGCACGGUCAAGAGGUACAGGGAUUUCCAGAUCCCCUGGGAAUGGUUGCUGGACACGGGCUUGAUUGGUCAGAUCAAAUUAAGUUCUUUGAGGCUAGCCAAGGAGUAUAUGAAAAGGAUAACUAAAGAACUGCAGAUCAAUGAGUGCUUAGAUGAAGAGAAUCUCCUGCUUCAAGGAGCUAGAUUUGCUUAUCGAGUACAUCAGUUUGCAGGCGGCUUUGACACAGAGACCAUAAACGCAUUUCAAGAAUUGAAGAAAGCUGGCAUGAGUAGUCAUAAAGAAUAGCAUGUAUUUAAUUUACUUGGACACAUGUCUAAAUGAGAAAUUAUGGAGUUUGUUAGUAAUGUGUUAAUUAGAACCACGGGCAUCUGGUGAACUUCUAAAGAGGGGGUUUCAUAAAUUAUGAAUUUUUGUAUAAAAGUCAGGGCACGUUAAGGAACUGGUUCUGAACUAA